GCAAUAAUUAUAUAAUCAAUAAUAAUGAAUUAGGAUAAUUUCUCUAUUCUUUUUUCCAACGAAUAUUCUCCAAAUUAAUUUAUUUCCCACAAAAUUAGAAGCUCAAACGUAAAACACACAAAUACUCCGUAGUAGAGAAGUGUGAAGAAAGUAAACAAAAAGGAAGAAAGAAUAUCUCUCAAAAAUUCUCCAAUUUUUCUUCCGUUUAUCUUCCUCAUCUUCUCCUUAAAUCUGGGUCUGAAAUUUCAUCUGGGGCAUUAUAUAAUUCAAUCCCAGAUAAACCCAAAACUUCAAAUUUGUUAACUUUUUGGGUUUAAAUUUUGUGGGGUUAAGAGAAAAUUAAGAAAUAAAAAUGGAGAAAUCAGAGGAAAGAUUGGUGUGUGAAGAAAAAACAAGUUCGAAGUAUCCAUUAACAAUGUGGGAAGUAUCAGCAGCUUUAAUGGUUGUAUUAGCAUAUGGAUUAGGGCUUUUGGGUGUUUAUCUAACCAUGCCUGCUUCUGAUUAUAGCUUCCUCAAGUUGCCUCGCACCCUUGAAGAUUUACAAAUUCUUAGAGACCAUCUCGAGACGUACACAAGUGACUAUACGGUGCAAGUAUUGGUUGGAUACUCUGUGGUCUACAUUUUCAUGCAGACUUUCAUGAUUCCAGGAACUGUGUUUAUGUCUUUGUUAGCUGGAGCCCUUUUUGGUGUAUUUAGAGGUUUGGCAUUGGUCCUUUUCACUGCUACAGCUGGUGCUUCGUCUUGCUUUUUCUUGUCAAAACUUAUUGGCCGACCUCUUGUUUUUUCAAUGUGGCCGGACAAACUGACUUUCUUCCAAGCACAGGUGGCGAAAAGACGUCAGAACUUGUUGAAUUACAUGCUUUUCCUAAGAGUAACACCCACACUACCAAAUACAUUUAUCAAUGUGGCUUCACCAAUUGUGGAUAUACCUUACCACACCUUCUUCUUGGCGACAUUCAUUGGACUGAUCCCUGCUGCUUUUGUCACUGUCAGAGCUGGAAUAGCUCUUGGAGAAUUGCGAUCAAUAGGCGAUUUGUAUGACUUUCAGUCAAUUGCCACACUUUUCCUAAUUGGGAUCGUUUCAAUCACCCCUACCUUGAUGAACAAGAACAAAACAUAAUUGACAAAACCUUGUUGCUUUUCUCAGUUAAUGCUAAACCUCCUAUUCGUGGUCGCUUAUCUCUGUACAGAUCCUACGGCCCAUAAAACUGCUUGUUGCAUCUCGUACCACCACAGAGAAUGAACUCGAGGGGUAUAAAACUUGUCGACUCUGUAUACUCUGAAAUGGCAUUCUGAAAGGGCAUAUGCUCAUAUGCUAAUGCUAUGCUGAAGGCGAAAAUUCUGUGUAGUUUGUGGAUAGUAGUAGUAGUCGAUUUGUUUGUUGGUUGGUUGGUUUCACUUUGGAAUGUAAAAUAAAUGAUGUGACAAUAAUUUUCUAGAUUUUAUGAAAUGUCUGUUUUCAUAUUCAA